AUGGAGGCCUCGUUGAGUUCAUCAGGGAACAAGUCUCUUGUCCCCAAAGGAACACAAGAUACCACUAGAGAGGAGAGUGGUUGGACGGCUUACUUUGAUGAUUUUUUAUCAAACCAAAGAGAACAUAGCUCAUGUUCUGAUGCUUUUUGUAGCCCUUCUUUGGUUUCUGAUGCUGCUUCCUAUGUUGUAUGGAAUAAUGAUAUCCCUAGCAACAAUCAAGUGCUUCCAACCUCAUCAUCAAUGGCUGACUCACCAAAUUAUCCCAAGAAACUCAAUUUCAAGAAAACAAGAAGCAAGGAAAUAACUUAUGAUGAAUCUUUGGAGGAUACUGCUAGUUCUCCUCUCAAUAGCCCCAAGAGAAAAGUGGGUGGCUGUGGUAACUUUCCAGAAAUGCAGGCGGAUGAAAGAAAUGAAAUGAAUUUUGAAGGGAAAAGUACUAAAGAUUCUGUAGACCUAAAGAAGAAGGGAAUGUACUUGGUCCCUCUGUCAAUGUUAGUUAACUACCUUGGUUGA